AUAAACGACGCAUUUUAUCAGAUUGGCAACAUUUAUAAUAUACGUAGGUGACACUAGUGCCUCCCCUUCCCCAGCCGCCUCCUUCACCUCCUCCUUUUCCUCCUCCGUCACUCACGGCGACAGAAACGCAUUUUGUUCUGCCGACCUGCUCCGGCUUCCAAAAAGACAAGACGACAAGCUGAGCAGAAUUUGCCAAGUAUUUGAAGUUGAUACUAAUUUGAGUUCAACACUUUGAUCAGAGAAGAAGAUGUCUCAGUCGGAUAAUGAUCACCCUCCAAGUCGUCAAGUGGAGCGUUCCGCCAGUGCUGCAUUUGGCGGUGCAACUCUGCCCGACUCUGGCCAAAGAAACGGAGGAACGGCAUCAUCUUCCCCGGAGAGCGGCAGCUUGAAUGGAGAUGCUAAGCGCAGUGGGAAAAGUCGCCGACGUAAGAAACGCCUGUGCAAUUCUGACAGCUGCCACGAAGGGAGUAGCGACAGUAAGGCUGAGCAUGAAGAGGAAUGGGACAAAAGGUCCAACCAGCCGCCCGACCCCUACACUGAUUUGAUUGGUCUGCAGUCGGAAUGUUCCAAUGUGUGGUUUGAACAUGGCAUGUAUGAGCAAGCUGAGAGCUUCUACCACUGCUGGUUGGCAACCUCUUCCAAUGGGACCACCCAGUCUAACCCCCCCGUUCCAACCCAGCAAAUUCAUCCAAAUGCUCCAAUGCCUGUGGUUCCCUCAUCUUCAGGUCUGGCAUGCCGACAUGGGGAUCAGGUGGCUUGCCACCAUGUUGUCCAAGAAGUUUGGGUGAACAAGAUGACUUUUGACCAAGCCGAAUGCCACUUUGUUGAAGAAUCCCUACAACCCUCAAUUCCAAACUCUCUGGACCUCCCCGACCGGCCAAAUAAUCCAAUCAUGUCCAGAACACCUGAUGAAGGUUACCAGUCUCUGAUUGCAACUCCCAUCAUCCAGCAGUCAGCUCCUGAGCCAAUCAAUGGCUUACCUCUGAUCCCAGUGGAGAUGCUUCGUGAUGUUUGGCUGGAGAAGCCCGUGUAUGACCGCGCUGAGGCCGCAUACUACCAAAACCUUUAUGGCAAUAAUUCUGCCAAACGCCCCAGCUGCUCUUCGGCCAGCAGAAGCAAUAAGCACCCUCAGAGCCUUGUAGAAGAAGAAGAGGAGGAGGAGGAAGAGGAAGUGGUGGUGGUGCCGGUGGAAAAACGUGUGGUGCUGCAGACAAAGGCCGAAGUCUUCCAUGCCUUACACCCCAUCCAGGAGGAAGAGGAACCGGCUGAAGUCCCAGAGAUAGAGGAGGAUGCCCCAGAGGCAACAGUCUACUACUUUCUUCACCCGGACAGCGAGCGGGUGUGGCCAGACAAGUGGCAAUACGAUGCUGCAGAGAGCCGUUUCCAUGGUUACAGUUGUGGUGAAGCUGUGGUGGUGCAGGAUGUUCAGCUCCCCAGCGUGGAGGGUUCAUCUGUUUCUUCUGCUGCCCUGCACAGGGACAACACAAUGGACGUCCUGGCACACGAGAAGAUCUGGUUUGACAAACACCGUUAUGAUGAGGCAGAGAGACGUUUCUAUGAGAACAUGAAUAAUAAACCGUCGCAAGAACAAACACAGGAGGUCGGGGCAAAUACCAUUCUGCAGGACAUCGCUCGGGCCCGGGAGAACAUCCAGAAGUCUCUCGCAGGGAGUGCCAACAGCUGUGCGACUGAUCCCGGAGAACUCGUCUCUCGCAUUAAGAGUCUGGAACUGGAGAACCAGAACCUGCACAAAGUGGUUGACGAUCUGAGGGCAGCACUUUCCAAACUGGAGUGUCGGGUUGCAGUUCUGGAGAAAUGUCCUGCGGUGACGACUCCAGCGGCUCCGUUAACGCCCUGCACAAACGGCACGACGGUCGAGCAAACGUCCAGCUCUGCUGUUAAAGAGGACGAGGAGGAGGACGACGACUUCGACUUAUUUGGCAGCGAUGAAGACUCCGAGGCAGAACAGCUGAAAGAGCAGAGGUUAAAAGAGUACGCCGAGAGGAAAUCCAAGAAACCCGCCCUCAUCGCCAAGUCCUCCAUCUUACUGGACGUGAAACCUUGGGACGAUGAAACGGACAUGGUGAAGCUGGAGGAGUGCGUGCGCUCGGUGCAGGCGGAUGGCCUCUUAUGGGGCACGUCCAAGCUGGUUCCCGUCGGCUAUGGUAUCAGAAAGCUCCAAAUCGCAUGCGUGGUAGAAGACGACAAGGUGGGAACGGAUCUGCUGGAGGAGGAGAUCGUCAAGUUCGAAGAUUACGUCCAGAGUGUCGAUGUAGCAGCUUUCAACAAGAUCUGAUUCGAGGACAUUUUUGUUUGUUUGUUUUCUUCAGCUGGUUGUCAACGGUUAAUCACAAUAAAAAAGACUCUUGCACUGAA